AUGGCCCUGAAGCGGCACAAAUCUUUUAGAGUCGCGGAGGUGCAAUACUCGAACAUGGGGAGCCACUACAUGGACGAUGCACGCCUGUAUAGCGGCUACGACGAGUAUGCCGGCAGUUUUGGGCCUCUCCGACCCUCUUCAUCGUCCGCGUUUCGGUCUCGAGGUCGAGUGCCUCCGAGCCGUCGUGGAUUUUCAGACUCACGGAAUCUGGAGCUCUCGUCGAGACUGCGCAAAGGUCGGAGGUCUGCACCUCGAGAUUUUGACCGUAGAGCUAAAUUUCUAGCUCAACGCAAGGCAAAGCGGGUUACCGAACCCUUGGGUGGUGACAGCGAUGGAGAUGACGCCUUGCAGGAUAAGGAAAAUGAACCGGUUAGCCCGACCCACGGACUCCAGCGACAGGUUUGGCUCCCUACGCGCAACUUUGCGUUCCGACAGCGGGCAGGGAAAUUGGACACGCGCGCGAUUGCACGACUUGACCUCGAGAAGAUUGCAGCUACCACUGACAUUGAAACUAUCCAGAGACACCUAGAGAACCUGGCUUUUGCGGAUGUGACACUGGAUGACGUGCAGCACUACUCAGAUGCCUACUUCCUGAAGCUGUUCCAGAUUGCGCAGCUUACGCUGGAGUACCUGAUGCACGUGCAAGACUCACUCGUCGAUCACUCGGAAGGACUCGAGAAACAGUGCGAGCAACUCAUGACCGAGUGCCAACAACUCGAGACGGAGAAUGGACAGCACGAAACGGAGAUUGCCAGCUUGAAGCGCGAGAUCCGGCAGAAGCAGCGCACGAUGGCGACGUUGGAGCUGAUGCUGCUCAACGCCUCAACUUCAAAUCGUAUGAGCUCUUCUGCCAAGGGAAAUGCUGCAAGGGAGGCCAACGUUCUAGUUGACGAGCUACUGGCUAACCGAGCAGGUCCCAAUGCCACGGAAGAGGGAUCGAUAACAAACCCGAUGCCUUGCGUCUUGUGCGAAAAGCGCUUCGUGUCAACCGAGUACCUGCUUCGUCACCAGCAACGACGACAUCAAGACGCAAAUGGGCAAAGGAAACACAAGAAAAAGAAGGCAAGCUCAUCAUCGGAUUCCGAUAGUGACAGUGAUUCCAAGAAGAAAAAGAGCAAAAAGCCAGCUCCGUUGCCAAAAGAGGUCCUCGACGCUCUCGAAGAGAAGAACCAAUUGGCAAAACAGCUUAUGGCGUUGCAAGACCAAGUUCGUCAUGACCAGGAAGCAAGAGAUCGGCAGCGCCUACAACUUGAGAACCAGCAGAAUCAGAUGAGCUCGCGCGUGGAGCAGUACAUGGAGAGGCUGCAAACAACGCUCGUCGAGAUUGAGAAGAAGCAGGAAUCAACAAAGCAAGACUUGAGGCAGUACACUCAGGAGACCAUUGCCCGCCUCCAAGUGGAAGCUGCCAACGCAGAGCUCCUGCGUAUCCAGGCACAGAAGACCUCUCGCGCUGGAAGACUGGAGAACGAUGAUGACGAAUCACAGAGAGAAGCGAAAUUGAAGAGUGAGGAGGCUCGAUGGUCGGAGAAGGUGGAGAAGCUCAUGGAUACCUUUUUGCGAGCUCAAGCGCAGAAGCAGCAGGAGAUCGAUGCUCUGGAGCAAGAAAGCAACAAACUGUGGACAAAGUACUCGAAGCUGAAGAAGAAGAAACAGCAUCGUCCAGAGCCGACGAUGAUGCUGGCGGAUAUCACCGCGCUUGAUGCCAACCGGUUCGGUAUUGAUCGCGGUGAAGUUGUUGACAUUGAGACCCCGCCUCCUGCCAAACCGAAGUCUGCCGCUCUUCUGGAAGACAAACUGGUCCAAACCGACGAAGAAGACGACUGUAAGCGCUACAAACGAGAACCAAAAGUUGACACGCUCACUGAAGAAGUCCAAACAGACUCGGAGACCAAAGCCACGCCGAUUGUUCCAGUUAUUGUGCCACCCAUCCGAGUUGAAGCUGUCAAGCGUAGAAGUUCACCGCCUCCCGUAAAGCAAGCCCCUCCUCCACCCCCAAAAGAGGACACAGCUCCUAUAGUAUCCCCACCACCCGUUGCAGAAGCAAAAGAAUCGAGCCAACCUGACCCAAGAGCGAAGUUUCAGCAGGCAGCUCAUGUCAUUGGAAAGGUGGUUCUUGGAUUCUUGGCCCGUCGAGCGCUGGCCAAGACGUCGAACUGGCGCAUCACGAUUGAAAUCUUUUCGUUGGAAGCAGCGCUUACAGCCCCCGAACUGGAAUAUGUUCGAAAUCAUUACGACGGCCAAGUGCACGUUCAGGUCGAGGAAGGAAUGACGGCGAAUGACUUGCGCGUAAUGAUAGCCAAAGUGCUUUCUGGGAAAGAUGAGUUCGAUGCUGCUGAUAAUGGUGUUGUCGCUUUUGACGGCAAUGACCAUGAGAUUAGCGCAACGAUGACGUACCACCGCGUCUUGCUUCACCACAAACGUACUGGUGCUGAGCUCUCCGGUGACAUGCAAGUCCACACACUUAAGAGGUCCAUCGAGGUCGAGAUCAUCCCGUUUUACGAAGAAGCCGUGACGCAAAUUGGAGACGUGAUCGAGUCUCACGCGGUGGUAACAGACCGUAUCGAGGACAUCAAACGAGCUUCCUUGACGCUCUCUCAUGCCCAACAGCGAAUUCAGUUGAUCAAGGAGCGUUUGCCUCCAAUGGCGGCGGGGGAGUUCAAUCGGAGGCAGUCCGAAGCUGGCCAACGGGGAGGCAAAGGUCGAAUCGCUGGGGCUGCUAAGAUUCAUCGCGCAGUUCAAGUUGAAGUGGUGCGAAAGCGGAUGAAGCGGCUUCUCGCUGGAGAAGCCGCUCAAAGCACAAUGCACGUUGGACCCAGUCAAGUUGGAGCGAAUGAAGCUACAAAGAUGCUGCUGUCUUCGUGGUUAGCAAUGAGCAAAGGCAGUCAAUGCCCUUCGGACAAGUCGGUGGGGAGCUUCGACCCGCGCGAAAUCGACCAGCUAGCGAACGCGUACGAGGAAGCAGAUUCGCCUGUCGAGAUCCCGAAGCUCAAGGUUCCAGAUGACACCGUACGUGCACUGCCAAUUUCUAUCGAGACGGCUGAGCGGAAGAAGGAAGAAGAAAAGCAACCAGAGAAAUUGCAGAUCCCUCAGCCAUUGACGCCACGGGCCGCGCCCGAUGAGGUCGAGCCAGCACCUACCGGUCGACCAGGAACUCCGAUCCCGUCUGCCGAAGCCAAGCGCGAGCUAACAGCCGAACCUGGCCGAUCCCCUAGACCAAAUCCAGGACUUCAUGUCAUCUCGCCCUUCUCUCAGACGCCGCUGUUAUCACGUCGAGCGGCAGCCAGAAGAGGGAACUUUGACAACGCGAGGUGA